GUGUGUACUGUUGAUGCGAGCGGAGCCGGGAGCGCGUAUUGGAGUCAACUAGCAGCCUACUGACAACGAGUGGUGCUUUUUAGCUCAUUCAGGCCGGAUAUUUUCAUGCAUUUUGCUCUGCUGCAAGCUUGAAAACGAACUGCUUCUUAUUGUGACGAUAUCCUUUUAUCUCUAUAUAGUUUUACAAUGGAUUUGAUAUGGACCAUAUCUCGUCGCGGAAUGUGUUCGGUGUCUCCAUGUGUGCGAUCCAAGGAAAUGAAUUAGUAAAAUAAGCUACAAUACUUUGAGAGAGAGAGUAAAACCUCUAAAUGCUUGCCUGGAAAUAAAAAGGUAACUGUGGUCUUCACUAAUAGCAUUAUAAGACUAGUACCGACAACAGCAUCCUUGGUCUACGUUCGAUAACUGGACUUUGGCUAUUCAGGGCUUUUCUCAAUACGGAUUCAUUUUUACGUUUCAAUCGGAUAUCUGGUGUGAUAUAAUUGCCCAGUGAAGAGGAAAAGUCAUUACAACUUGAAAAAAUCGUCAAUAUGAAUGAAUGGAACGCAUGCGUAAAAUCCAGUUUGUCUAAAAUGCGCCUUGUGGUUUUGGUACCGGAAUCAUGACGCUGGGAAGAAUUUAAUUGGAAACUGUUUAGCCAAUUAUUUUAUCUCCAUUGAACGUUAUCCUUUGAUAUACCUGUUCAUCGGAUUGUUCCUCCCUUUUGAUUUUUAAAUUAUUCUUUUUUUGCAUGGUUUUUCACCCUGCAUCGAAAUGGUUGGGUUUAUCGUGUCAAUCGCUAUAGUUGUUGCUUGAUAUGAACUGCUCAGAUUUACAUGGGUAAAUCAGUGUUCUGAGAUCAUUCAGAAUGUUUUCCCAGCUCUAUCCUCCCCAAAAUCUCACGCGUUGCAGCAGAUUGGAGAAUGUGGUUUUUAUCAGAAGAGUACAAUGAAGUAGACCAUAUCGAUAUAAUCAAGUAACAUUUAUGUCAUAUACGAGCCUUUUCUUUUAUCAAAACGUAUUCCCUGGAUAACUUUUCGAUGAGAUAACUGGAUGAUUUUUCCCGUUAUCUCUGACAUGCAUAGGUGUGCGUGAUCAUACAAGGUCCCAAUUAAAUAUAAGGAAAAUCAACAGGUACAAUGUACGCCAGGGAGAUGGAUUUUAUACAAAUUAUUUGGAUAGUUAUUUUAUGCUGGACUGGGGUUGAUUCUGUUAUUAAUUUGAAAUACUCGAUAAACGAAGAGCAGAAAGCUGGGUAUAUCAUUGGAAACGUGACAAAGGACGCACAAACGCAAGGAUUUGCCAUUGCACCGCGAGCGCCGUACUUGCGGGUCAUCUCGAAUUCAGAGCCGCGAUGGGUGGAACUCAGCCCGGCUGGACUUCUCCUCACACAUCAGAAAAUAGACCGGGACGUGGCUUGCCGACAGACGGCAAAGUGCACUGUCUCUCUGGAGGUGAUGUCAAACUCUAUGGAGAUAUGUGUCAUUAAAGUUGAAAUUGUGGAUUUGAACGAUAAUGCGCCCAGAUUCCCCACAAACCACAUUGACAUUGAAAUCUCAGAGAACGCCUCCCCUGGUACCAGGUUCCCCCUAGAGGGGGCAAGCGAUCCGGACUCGGGGAUCUUCGGUGUGCAAUCAUAUUCGAUCACCCCGAAUGAGCUCUUCGGGCUGGAGAUUAAGACUAGGGGGGACGGGUCCAAGAUUGCCGAGCUCGUAGUUCAAAAAUCUUUAGAUCGGGAGACUCAGUCUCACUAUUCAUACGAAAUCAGUGCAGAAGACGGUGGAGACCCCCCAAAGAUUGGCGCAGUCCAGCUCAAUGUUAAAGUAAUAGAUUCAAAUGAUAAUAAUCCAGUUUUUGACCAGCCUGUGUAUACAGUGAACGUGAUGGAGAAUUCUCCUAUUAAUACACUUGUAAUUGACUUGAAUGCAACGGACCCUGACGAGGGAACUAAUGGUGAGGUUGUGUACUCGUUUAACAGUUACGUCACCGAGAAAACGAGAGACGUAUUUAAAAUUGACCCUAGAACCGGUAUUAUCACUGUAAAUGGCCCUUUGGAUUAUGAAGUAACCCAUAUUUACGAGAUUGAUGUCCAAGCCAAAGAUUUAGGUCCCAAUUCUAUUCCGGCUCAUUGUAAAGUCACUGUCAAUGUGAUGGAUGCGAACGAUAACCCACCUGUCAUUAGUUUAUUGUCGGUGAACACGGAGCUGAUUGAAGUUAGUGAGAACGCGCCUCGUGGAUACGUUAUUGCAUUAGUGAGGGUCUCAGACAAAGACGCGGGCGCGAAUGGUAAGGUGCAGUGUAGACUACAAGGCAACGUUCCUUUCAGGCUCCAGGAAUACGAGAGCUUCUCAACCAUCCUUGUUGAUGGCAGGCUAGACAGAGAGCAGAGGGACACGUACAAUCUAACUAUCCAAGCAGAGGACAGUGGUACCCCCCCUUUACGCGCCACUAAAUCGUUUGUAGUGAAAGUCACAGAUGAAAAUGAUAACCCUCCCCACUUUCUAAAACCACAUUACCAAGAGAUGGUCCUAGAAAACAACCUUCCUGGAUCAUGUUUGCUGGCUGUGUCAGCUGUAGAUCCUGAUUUGGGCAUGAAUGGCACAGUUUCAUACACCAUCGUGCCCAGUGAGAUUAAACACAUGGACGUAAACACAUAUGUCAGCAUAAAUCCUUCAGGGCGUAUUUAUUCCAUGAGAUCAUUCGACCACGAGUACACUAGGACAUUUGACUUCAAAGUUUUGGCCAGGGACCAGGGGAAUCCGUCCUUGUCCAGUAACGCGACGGUACGCAUUGUCGUUUUGGAUGUGAAUGACAAUACACCUGUUAUGACCACUCCGUCCCUGGUAAAUGGCACCGCGGAGGUAUCCAUUCCAAGAAAUGCAGGAGUGGGUUACCUGGUGACCCAAGUCAAGGCCGACGACUAUGACGAGGGGGAGAAUGGAAGGCUGACCUAUACCAUCUCGGAGGGGGACAGGCUUUUCUUUGAGAUAGACCAAGUGAAUGGAGAGGUGCGGUCCACCAAGAUGUUCGGAGAGCAGGUCAAGUCGACCUACGAGAUCACAGUGGUGGCACGCGACCACGGGAAACCGUCGUUGUCGGCCUCGGCAUACAUUGUAGUUUACCUCUCACCGGACCUGAACGCUCAGGAAUCUAUUGGACCCAUAAACCUGUCGUUGAUCUUCAUCAUUGCCCUGGGCUCUAUUGCUGCUAUCCUGUUUGUCACUAUGAUUUUUGUGGCAGUAAAGUGCAAAAGGGAUAACAAGGAGAUCCGAACGUACAACUGCAGUUUCUUCUACUUGCGCAGGGUGGCGGAGUACUCAUAUGGCAGCCAGAAGAAGUCGAGCAAGAAGAAGAAGCUGAGCAAGAACGACAUCCGCCUCGUGCCGCGCGACGUGGAGGAGACGGACAAGAUGAACGUGGUGAGUUGCUCAUCUCUCACCUCCUCCCUCAACUACUUCGACUACCACCAGCAGAGCCUGCCGCUGGGCUGCAGGCGCUCCGAGAGCACCUUCAUCAACGUGGACAACCAGAACUCACGCAAUGCUGCACCCAACCACGGCAGUUAUCAGCAGCACUCCUUCGCCAGCGGGCAGGGCCCCCAGCAACCUGACCUCAUCAUCAACGGCAUGCCGCUGCCUGAGACGGAUAAUUAUAUCGACUCCAGCUAUGUGAACAGCCGAGCACAUCUUAUCAAAAGCACAUCAACAUUCAAGGACCUGGAGGGCAAUAGUCUGAAGGACAGCGGGCACGAAGAGAGCGACCAGACGGACAGUGAGCACGAUGUCCAGAGAGGCCACUACAUAGACACGGCUGUCAACGACGUGCUCAACAUGACCGUACCCCCCAACGUCUGCCAGCUGCCUGACCAAGGUAGGAGAAAAGACUCAAGCGAAGGCUUCCACUGCCAGGACGAGUGUCGCAUCCUGGGCCAUUCGGACCGCUGCUGGAUGCCCCGUGUGCCCGGCCCAGCCCGUGGCAAGUCUCCUGAGCAUGGCCACCCACGUAAUAACGUCAUUGCCCUGUCCAUCGAGGCCACCACCGUGGAUGUGCCCCACUACGAGGACUGCGGCACCGGCACCAUCAAACGGACUUUUGCCACCUUCGGCAAGGACGGCCCAGAGGACCCAGAGCGGGGCGAGCUAAAGGGCAACAAGCGGACAAUGAUGGAGUCGCAGGCAUACAGCCCCAAGGCCAACGGCGGCGCCGUGCGCGAGGCAGGCAACGGGCGCGAGGCAGCCAGCCCCAUCACCUCCCCUGUGCACCUGAAAAGCCCGCUGGCCAAGGCGCCAUCCGGCUACAACACGCUCAAGUGCCGCGACGCUGAGCGCAUCGCCAACCACAGCAUGCUGCGACAGCCCGAGGGAAAGGACAGCGAGCCGGCCGUCCGGGAGAUCAACACGAUCCUCCACGACAGCGUCCAUCUUGAGAAGGAGUCUCCCAGCAGCAAGCGCCUGAAGGACAUUGUGCUCUAACGGGCCUCAGGGGAGUCUACACACACACACACACACACACACACACACACACACACACACACACACACAUGAACAAACACGUAUAUAUAUAUACACUCCGCCAUAGCUGUGUGUACGCAGGAGAAACUCAAGCCGAGGAAAGAAAGAAAGAGAGACACCUUGAACAUAGUAUACAGUACCUAACGACCAGGUCUGACAUAGCCCAGAUAUGGAACCGUACUGGAAUAUGCUGAGCUUUGUGUUGUGUUCCUCAAGAAAAGUGAUGGCCUUGGAUGUGGCUUUGUUGUAGUCGCAGUACUUUUCUUGUUUGCUUUUCUGUUUGUUUGCUGCUCACCCCGUCUGCAGCCAGUGGACAGGCAGGUUACUGUUGACUGUGUGACUCGCCCAAUCGUGCCCCUUUGGCCGGAUUCGGCCUCUUUCCCCGCCCGAGGCUGGCACCGUUCGGAUUUUUGUGGAUUGGACACCUACACUGACAGAUAUAAAAGUACAGUUAUGCCUUUUGAACUUUUUUGUAUCACUAACUGAGAUUGCCUUCUUUGGUUUGCAGUUUGGCUCGGCUGUCAAAUCAACUUGUUGUUUCCUUUGUAGAGUGAGCUCACCACAGUGCAACAGAUGGCAACAGACAGACAUACAUCUUCUUUGAACAAUUGCCUCCAUGCGCGUCUUGAACAGUGCUCAGUAGUAAAGACGGAGAAAGGAAUGGAAGGGAGGGAACAGUAUUUAUGGCUUAUCUGAUGGAGCUAAAUGAACUCGCUAUCUGCCCAGGCACUCCAAACACUGGGACUCGGGACAGACCGAUUCCUUCCGUCACGACCGAGAUGUAUGGAAGAGGGGGGGGGAAACAUUGCUUUAGAAAUCUCCUGUGCCCAAUCUUGAUUGUAGCCAGUGGAGCACAAUUAGAAAUGUUGUGCUCUGGUCUUGUACUUUUUCUGAGAUUUGACUAUGGGGCUAGAAUAGAGGGAUCGUCACUCACGUCUUGCUAUGUGAAACUCUGUAUAGGGUAUACUAGUAUCAUUUUUAAUAACCUGUUGUUAUGUGACAAUCCCUUUAAUGUUUUGUUUCAAGAGUAAAAAAUAAUAAUAAUAAACAUUGGUGUUCAACUGAAGCUACAGUAGCGUUUGUUACACAAACACAAAAAUAAAAAAACAUAUGCCAAAAUAUAUUUUAUAAAUAAUUUAAAAAUGUAUAAUGAGAAUAUUUAAUGCUGUGUAGUUAUUUUAGUUAUUUUAUCAGUAAGUUAAACUUGAAAUUAACUGGCUUUUGUUGAUUCAUUUAUUUUAGCUUUUUUAUUGAUCAUGAUUAUUAUAAUUGUCUUUUCAUUAAACUUGGAUUAUUUUGUUUACUGUGUUACCCCUGGCAACUGUUGACUUGCAGUCUACCUUGUUGUAAAGAGUUUCUUAUUGGUCAGUUCUCGUGCCAUGAAGUUUCUGUGUGGGCAAAUAGAAAAUGUAAAAACAAAAAAAGCAAUUUCAGCAGCAACAGUAGUGUGCCAGUUGAGCUUAGAAUGAGAUAGCAAAAUAAACCAAAAAGGACACAAACAAAACCUUUAAGAUUGCUUAAUUUAUUUAAGUGAGAUGAAGAGGUUUAAGAUCGUUUUUUUUUUCAGCUAUUGAGAUGAUUCCAACUAUUUCUGUGUGUCUGUUUUUGGACGAAGGUACCCCUCCGUAAAUUCCUCACCUCAGGUGAGAGCCCUGUUGACACUUCAAGUAAGAGACUAAGGAUGAAGGAAUGCUCAACUGUUGUGUCAUCAGGUACCAUCUCAUUUGAAUUGUGUUUGAAAAUAUAAUAAGAACAACAAGUCAAAUCUUACAAUCACAACCAAACAGAUUUGGUUGAAUUGUAUGUUUGGAGGAAAUUAAGGUCUUUGAAGAAGCGUAUUAUAAAUCAGCGAUGCGGUUUUCAGUUACUUUGCAGUUAACCUAUGUUACAACAUGGAAAAUUGUAAAUGAAAAAGGGAGACAUUUGCAUACAACGAAAUAGAUCUUGUAGCUGAAUGUUUUUUGCUGGUCUCACCCAUGGCUUCUGGCAUCAUGAAAAUCUGAAUAAUCACUGAAUGUAUACAGCAGCUUAUUAUUAAACUAUUAAAUGUU